CAUUAAUGGAAGUAGUAGAAACGCUAACAGAGAUGGUCAAGAAAUAUAUUUAGAAAAAGAAUUUAACCAAUAGUAAAAGUCAUAACCUUACAAUGUCCUUUCAAUAAAAGAAAUUUUAUCCCAAAUUUUGACGGGACAGCUCGCUCUUCCACAAAUAUGACAGGACCGUAAUAUUCGUAAGUGGAAAUAGUUCGUACAUCGCCAUUCAAUAUGUUAGAACUCAAUUUUAUUAGGGAAUAUUUUAGUAUGCAAGUAAAUGAAAUUAUUAGUUGGUGGUGGUUUUACAUCAAUGAAAUUUCAUGGCAGUUGUUAAUAGCUGUUACCGCGUAUCUUUGCGUUUGUAUUUUCCUGUAUUCAAUCUUGAAGAAAGUUAGCCACGGAGCGUGGCAACUUCCAGGUCCACCUGCCAGAAUAUUGUUAGUCACGGCUCAUCCAGAUGAUGAGGUCAUGUUCUUUGGUCCACUGGUGUAUUGGGUUACAAGAUCAAAGGCUAGUGAAAUUUAUCUCCUCUGUCUUAGCAGUGGUGGUGAUAGGAGGAGAAAAGAGGAGCUGUGGUCUUGUGCAAAAAUAUUAGGAAUUCCGGAAGAUAAUGUAACUAUAGUGAUGAGUACAGAGUUACCUGAUGAUCCAAAUGUACAAUGGCCCACUGAGAUAGUGGCAGAAUGUAUUUUACACCAUGUAGAGACUUAUAAAAUCAAUGCAGUUGUAACAUUUGAUAAGCAUGGCAUAAGCAGGCACAAGAAUCACAUCUCCCUAUAUUUUGCCAUAGCUGCAUUAUGCAUAGAAAAAAAAGUACCAUACUAUUGUAAACUAUAUGUUUUAGAAUCUGUGAAUAUAAUUAGAAAAUAUGUACAACUCCUAGAUUUACCAAUUAGCUUAUUAACUGCAUCAUAUUGGUAUUUAAUGACAUAUGAUCAAAAAAAAAUUAUAAGAAAUGCUAUGACUGCACACAAGUCCCAAUAUGUCUGGUUUCGAAAGCUGUACAUGAUAUUUUCACGGUACACAUUCAUCAAUACCUUCCAAGAAGUGAGUGCUCUUGAUCUGGAGUUGGACCUCCAGUUUGAAGAUGAGUAA